AUGAGUGAGAAUUGUCAAUUAAUCGAAAGUUAUGUGUUAAGAGAUGAUAAUGAUGAUGUUGAUGAAGAUGAAAAUGAGCUCGAAGAUGAUAUUUAUUGUGAAGAAGAAUGGAUGAAUGGCAAUCGUAAUAACAAUAACCAUGAUAAAAGUGCACGUCCAUGCGCAUUGUCGAUAUCAACAACAGCGAAACUGAUCAAAUCAUCUUCAUCAAGACCCUCAACCAGCAGCACAACAAAUAAUCAUUCUGAAAUCGAGAAGAGGCGUCGUGACCGUAUGAAUCAUCUAAUCGAGGAAUUAAUUUCACUUCUACCCAAUUAUGCUACUGACGUUGCCACACACAAGCGUAAACUUGAUAAAAUUUCUGUGCUUCGACUUAAUUUACAGUAUAUCAGCGCAAUAAGUUAG